AUGCGUGGCUUGUCUUACCUUUCCAUACAUCAUGAGCGAGAUCUUUUCGGUCCGGGAAUAGAAGAGAAGUUCGCUGAGGGCUUAUUAGCACGAGGCAAAAGGACAAAUGGAACCGGAAUAGCUCAAUCCCACCAGGAAGUCCAAUCUCGUACCCAGGGUAGGCAAUUGGAUAAGAAGGGCUUGCGCAGCAGCUCUGCAUUGCUCGAGCUCAAACUUAACCCUCCACACGAGAACGAAGUUGUGUUCCAAGAAUCGGGAAACCCCUAG